ACGAAUACGGUGCCUUAUUAUGGUCCACCAAGUCAGUUGUGCUUCUGGAAUGUUGUUGAAGCAUGGACUGUGGAUGAUGUUGUACGAUGGAUUCAAGUAUACACUCGUAAAGUUGCAGGUACUGAUGAUAGCGUUUUACCCUAUAUAGAUGGUAUUAAAAAGUAUGGUAUUGAUGGACAUACGUUAGCAGUGCUAGAUGACGAUACGCUUUGUUUGGCUGGUAUUAAUAAAGUUGGUGUGAGAAAGUUGAUUUUACAAGCCGUCAGACUAUUGCUUCACUUUGUUAGUGCUUCAGUCAACGUUCUUGUUUGGUGCAAUUCAAUCGAUACAGAAAAUAUUCAAUCACUGUGCUUGAAUAUUUGCGUGAGUGCGAAUGAACUGUGUAAUGAAAUACGUAAUUUAUUCACAACCAAUAUGAACAAAUCAGAAGGAGAAACGCAACGAUUGGGUUCACUUUAUGCGGCUAUUUCAAGGAUUGUCGAUGAACUAAAAAAUCUUAUGAACUGGUUGGAUAGGUAUGCAAUAUUUCUAUCCUCAGAACGAACCUCUCUAACUUUAUUUAUUUUUGUACAGGAGUCCAUUCGAUCGUCUAAAAACCUACAUCGAAUUUCGAAUGCAAUUAAUGUCAGUUGCAUUAUCAUUCUCAAAUGCUGUCAAUCUAUCCAACGUAUCAUCUUCGUAUUCACAAUGGCAACGCAAUUAAUAGCAAAAUGUAAAGAUGUUAUACGCCACUCGAAUGAUCCUCUAAUUCUGUAUACGGCACAUAUUGAGCGAAUUUAUUUGCGUCGGCGAAUCAGUCAACUGGAAUGGGGUUUCGAUGUGCAGUCCACUUAUUUGGGAGUGCACAUGAUCAGUAACGUAAAACUGAGAUCACCAGCUGAUGCGUGUCGAAAAUUGGACGCUGGUGAUGAAUUAAUUCAGGUGAAUGGUGAGACAGUAAUUGGAUGGGAUUUAGCGAAAGUGGUUGAAAAGAUACAUUGUUGUUCGGGUGUAACGAAAUGUUCUGAGAGAGCGCUGAAUGAGUUGGUAUUACUGGUGAAGAAGAGACCUCGUGAGCCGUGGAUCAAUAAUAUCUCGUUGAUUGAACGACCAAUUGCCGAUGCUGCAGUAUCAGCUGAAUGCAGUUGGCGUUAUCAAUUGCCGUCAACGCACUCAACUAGCGAGCAUGUUCUGAAUGAUAGUGACCCGAUUGAUAAUUGUGAGCGUGAUGACAGCUCGUCAUCAGUUGUAUCAUCAGCAAUUAGUUACAAUGUUCAUACAAUCAACGAUACAUCGUGGGAAAGUGAUACGGAUGAUGAAGGGAUUACACACUACCUAUUACCAGCGCGCAACGAUCAAUUGUCAACUGAGGAUGGGCGUGAGAAGGGAAACAUGGUGCAACAGUUGGGUACAGUUCCAUGUGAAAUGUUGGAUGCGAAACAGUACGAAGGUCGGAUUCGAAGGAAGCAUUUGAAGGAGGAGAUAUGCGGUGGUUCAGUGAAUGGUAAAUGGAUGAAGUGUUGGAUGGUGCUGAGAUCGAGCCUUUUAUUUGUCUACGAUAACCCUUACGCGAAAGAGGCCGACUUAGUGAUCGCACUCGCAAACUUUUAUGUUUCCGAUGCGCCUGAAUUAAAAACAUCAAAAAAAUAG